GGUGGUAGUAGCAAGCAGCAAUCACCGAAAGUGUCAACACCAGAUCUAUCUUUUAUAUUGCCGGAGGCAGAGCGAUGGAACCUUCCCCAGUCAAACACCUUCAAGAUACUAGCAAUGUUCUGGAGUUUCCUGGUGAUGGGGCUCAAUGAUGCUGCGUAUGGGCCUUUGAUACCAUGUGGAAGCCUAAGAUAUAUUCACGGUCCAUUCAAAGUGCACGCUAAGAUUAUAGCUUCAGUCUUAAUUUCACCUCACCUAUAUCAGUGUGUCCCUGGUCUUUUUCGUACACAUCGCUGGCUAAAUUUGCUCCGCAUUGCUCAACUACAAAACACAUACCAGGCUUGGCCAUUGUGGGGGUGGCUCUUGGUGAUUUCGUCCGUUUUUGCUGGAUUUGGAAUGGGGUUGGGAAGCGGCAUGAAAUGCCUGGAUUGGAAUUUGGCCAAUGCAAAGCAGUUAUGGGACUACUGCAUGCUUUCUACAGUCAAAACAUUGAGCUCGCUUAUUGGCUGUACUACCAUUGAACUAGGCUCCUGCAUCACUGUAUUCUGGGACUCUUCUUCAUUUACUUUGAAGAGUCAACUGCCCGAUGAAGACAUCAAACCUGGGGGUUUGCGCCAGGUCGUUCUCCAAAAACGCAAUGCUCGGACCACAUGGAUCUGCGCUUUUUUUCCAUCUCGGAUACAUGGGCAUCGAAUUAGCAUUGGGAGGAUGGAUUUGACUUUUAUGAUGCGAGGCAUGGCCGCUACGAGUUUUUGGCUGAGAAUUACCGUUGAACGAAUAUUCUUGGGCUUUGUGACGCCUCGAACAGGAGAGAAGCUUAGCAUCAUCGUAUGCUCGAUCUUCUGGCUGGUGCCAAACUUUUCUUCCGCGGUUGCCGUAUUUAUACAAGGGACAUUCCUACGACCGUUUAUGCCGGUAGUUAUGUUGGCUGCCACGAAGUUUUUCCCGCCUGACCUUCAUAUCAGUGGGAUUGGCUUCCUUGUAGCAUUUGGAGCUAGCAGUUCUACAAUCCUCCCUUUUGCAGUUGGGGCCAUUCCACAGGCGUGGAGGGUGCAGGUCAUGCAGCCACUGAUAAUUGGAGUUUCAGGGGGAAUCAUGCUGUUGUGGUUGGGUCUGCUGCGGGUACCCCAGAAGAUUGAGCAUGAAGCCAAUCCGUGUUCCUGA